AUGUUUCCUCUCAAACUUAUUAUUGGGGUUUUUGCCCUGAUAUCUUCCACCUGGGCUGAGGAAGUUGGCAUUGAGGACACCUCUGUGUCUGGAAGACUGUAUAGAGCCAACAAGAAUGUUGUGCGUGGGCCAGAGGAGCCUUUGGUGGUGGAUGAUAUUGCCUAUGCAUCUGAGGCCGCGAAGAACGCUGACCCCUGUACUUCCUACGGGUGCAUGUGGCCAAAGUAUUCUGAUGGAUACGUCUACGUGCCUUAUGUGAUCGCAAACCAGUACUCCUCUAGAGAGCUGUCCGUCAUUGAGCGUGGUCUGCAGUCCUUCUCGAGCUAUACCUGCAUCCGUUUUGUUCCCUGGAACAACCAGAGAGAUUAUAUCUACAUCCAGUCUCUCAACGGAUGUUACUCUUAUGUGGGUCGUACUGGCAAUGGUCAGACGGUGUCUCUGAGUCGUUCAGGCUGCAUCUACCACAACACUGUACAGCACGAGCUGCUGCACGCUCUGGGCUUCAACCACGAGCAAACCCGCAGCGACCGUGACAGCUACAUCCGAGUCCUUCUGGAGAAUGUUGAAUAUUCCAUGCAGCACAAUUUCAACAAGAUCAACACUCUGAACCAGAAUACUCCAUAUGACUACAACUCUGUCAUGCAGUAUCACAGGUAUGCCUUCUCUAAGAACGGCCUGCCCACCAUGGAGCCCAUCCCCAAUCCCAAUGUAUCGUUUGGUGAGGCCAGUCAGAUGAGUAGCAAUGAUAUCCUGAGGCUGAACAGGCUGUACCGGUGUUAA